CCCAGUAGUCUGGAGGGGGCACAGGCCGGAGAGCUGCCCUGGAUUCACUCCUGAUGGAACUAGAGCAAAACAUCCCAUCUUGACUGAAAAAUGGCCAGUGAUGGAGAAUCCACCAUGGCCGAGGGUAUCUCUUAAGAGCAUCAGGGAAAGGCUUGAUUGAAAACUCUGUUUUCCAGUGAGAUUCCUGUGUGCCUUUGACAGCACUCCAGCUUUCACUAUCUUUCCUUUACACUUUAUUUCCCCUGCUAUUGGAGUGGAUCUUCCACACAGCACCAGGGAACAGAGGCGGAGGUGGCACCAUGCAGCAGGAGGGGGAGAAGAGCCGGGCCCGGCCCAGGAAGCCCGACGUGGCCCUCUACGUACCCAAAGCCCGACGGGAGAUGGCAGCCCCAGGAGUGGGCGUGACCAGCGCUGCAUGGGGGAUGGGGAGCCAGAGGGAGGAGGAAAACCACCGCGUGCCGCAGAAGGAAGGCGCCAAAGGCCACGGCGAGAGGCAGAGGCCCAGCGUUGGAGCCCGCAAGCAUGUGGCCAGAGAGGGGAGGAGGUCAGAGGGGAAAACAAGGAAGCGCCUACCCCUGGGGGACAACAAACGGGACAGCGCUCCAGGGCGGCCCGAAGGAGCCACUGCCGAGGGCUGGGAUCAGCGUCGCACACACCACCAAAACCAUCUGGCCCCAGAGGAUCAGCCAUGUGGGCAGCUGGAAACAAACCUCCACAGUGAACAGCUCAGCCCUCAGGAGCCCUGCCUGGGUCAGGCUCCUGCUCGGCCAGGGGGUAGUGAGGAGCAGGUGCCCAGCAAGCCAGGGCUCAGGGAGCUAAGCUGCAGGUGCUGGGAUUCAAGGACAGGUACUGGAACUUGUUCCCAUCUGUCAGUGGAAACAUCUAGUCCCCUGCUUGUGCUACCACAUGGAGGGGAAGAGCACACACAGGAGCAGAGGCCUGGGGGCCCACGGGCCCAGCUAGGCACUUCCUCUCAACCUAGGAAUGAGACCAGUGAUGAAACAUCAGAGCAGGCAGGGGGGAGCACAGGUAGCACAUCUGAAUGUGUAGACAAGAGCAUUCCAGCUCUGAGCGGGGAGAGGGCAGGAAGCAUGUGUGAGCUCAGAGGGGAGGGCGCCGCAGAUCUGAGCGGGGAGAGCGCAGGCAGCGUGUGUGAGCUCAGAGGGGAGGGUGCCGCAGAUGAGAGUGGGGAGAGCACAGGAAGCAUGUGCGAGCUCAGAGGGGAGGGUGCUGUAGAUGAGAGCGCAGGCAGCGUGUGCAAGCUCAGAGGGGAGGGUGCUGCAGAUGAGAGGGGGGAGAGCGCAGGCAGCGUGAGCGAGCUCAGAGGGGAGGGUGCCGCAGAUGAGAAUGCAGGAAGCACGUGCGUGCUUACAGGGGAGGUUGCCGCAGAUGAGAGUGGGGCGAGUGCAGGCAGCGCGUGCGAGCUCAGAGGGGAGGGUGCUGCAGAUGAGAGUGCAGGCAGUGCGUGCGAACUCAGAGGGGACGGUGCCACAGAUGAGAGCGGGGAGAGCGCAGGCAGCGUAAGCGAGCUCAGAGGGGAGGGUGCCGCAGAUGAGAAUGCAGGAAGCGCGUGCGUGCUUACAGGGGAGGUUGCCGCAGAUGAGAGCGGGGCGAGUGCAGGCAGCGCGUGUGAGCUCAGAGGGGAGGGUGCCGCAGAUGCAAGCAGGGAGAGUGCAGGCAGUGCAGGUGAGCUCAGAGAGGAGAGUGCCGCAGAUGAGAACGCAGGGAGCGCAUGCAAGCUUACAGGGGAGGGUGCCGUAGAUCCGCCGUGCAGGAGAGCAGGGAGCGCUGCUGCUGGUUUAGAGGGAGGCCUGCGUGAGCAUGCCAGGGCGAGAGUGCACAGCACAUCCCAUAGGACAGACUCUGGCACCGGGGCCCCGCCGGAGCAUGUGGACGAGGCCAGAGGCAGCGCAGCAAUGUGUGGGACGGAGAUGCCCUGUGACUCGGGCAGCUAUGCUGAAGAGGGUGCUCCCUGUGCACUUGGAGCUCCUGGGAGGACUGAGGGCAGCCAGUCUCUGGAGAUCCCAGGCAGCCGCUCGGCCGGGAGCUUGGCUGAGGAGGUGGACUGUCCAGGUGGGGUGGCGAGGCCAUCGCAUGGUUUGCGAGCGGAUGGAGAGCCGGGGAUGGAGGACGGUGGUGUGACCGAAGGCGGCACGUCAGAAGUGCCUGGGCAGCCAAGUAACGGAGCUCCGAGCGAUAGCAGUGCUGCGGCAGAGGGGAGCUGGGACGUGCUUUUUAAUGCCGAUGGAGACUGCCUGGACCAACGUCUGCUGCAAGAGCUGUCAGGCGGCGAGAAGCCCAGGAGCAGGCUGCAGGAGCCCCGUUUCGACUACUCCGGCUGGCAGCCCGAGCUGGACCUCAGCGACUCGGAGCUGCCCCAUGUCAUUGAGAUCUAUGACUUCCCGCAGGACUUUGGCACCGCCGACCUGCUGCGCGUCUUCUGCAGCUAUCAGAAGAAAGGCUUUGACAUCAAAUGGGUGGACGACACGCACGCACUGGGCAUCUUCUCCAGCCCCGUUGCAGCACGCGACGCUCUGAGCAACAGGCACGUGAUGGUGAAGACCCGGCCCCUGGCGCAGGGCACGAGAGCGGCAAAGGCCAAAGCCAGGGCUUGUGCUGACCUCCUGCAGCCAGCGAAAGAGCGUCCAGAGACGUCUGCGGCAUUGGCCCGGAGGCUGGUGAUCGGAGCCCUCGGAGUGCGGAGCAACCAGAGCCGAGCCGAGCGCGAGGCCGAGCGCAAGAAGCUGCAGGAGGCCCGAGAGAGAAAGCGCCUGGAGAACAAGCAGCGGGAGGACAUCUGGGAAGGCCGGGACUGAGCCAGGGCUGCAGCGGAGGAGACCGGAGCACCCAGCGCUGCUGGCAGGCGCUUGGCGGGGGUCACUGUGGUGCCGUGGGCUUCAGACACCAGCACAGCCCAGUGCCAGCUGCACCCACACAGGCUGGCCGGGCUGUGUUGGUGAGGGGAAGGGGAGAGGCCCAUCUGGAGCCUGGCAGGGGGAGAGGGGUCUGGCUGACAAAUGCAGCAGCUGUUUGUAUUGGGACUCUUAGUGGGUGGGAGCCUGGCAGGCCCUGCCACCGGUGUGUGCGCCCCUGGGGAGAGGGCUUGGCGGGCUCUGCUGUUGGUGUGUGCGCCCCUGGGGGGGCCUGGCGGGCCCUGCCGCCGGUGCAUGCGCCCUUGGGGGGGGCUGGUGGGCCCUGCUGCCGGUGUGUGGCCCUGGAGGGGGCCUGGUGGGCCCUGCUGCCGGUGUGUGUGCGCCCCUGGGGGAGCCUGGCGGGCCCUGCCACCGGUGUGUGUGCGCCCCUGGGGGGGCCUGGCAGGCCCUGCCGCCGGUGUGUGUGUGCCCCUGUGGGGGGGGGCUGGCGGGCCCUGCCUCCGGUGCAUGCGCCCUUGGGGGGGGCUGGUGGGCCCUGCUGCUGGUGUGUGUGUGCCCCUGUGGGGGGGGGCUGGCGGGCCCUGCCACCGAUGUGUGCGCCCCGGAAGGGGACAUUGGCCUCCUCUGGACCUGUCUCUUGCCCUUUGAGAUGCUGGAGCACAGGGAGUCAGUGCUCUGGAGCUCUGGGCUGGGGCAGCCCAGCUAAGUCUGGUGACUGUGCCCUGCGCACGGCACUGCACGGGCUGCGCUUGUGCUCGUAACGCUGCCCUGACGCACUGGCUGCAGCUGCUCGGUCGCUGCUGGGAACGUGGCCUCCAGGCUGUCCAGCUCGUGUUCAAGGCGGUAACCCCCUUGCUCCCUGCAGCAGCCUGGGUCAUGCAAACAGCCCUGGGCAGCGGGAGGGGAUUUCGCAGGACUCUGCGUGAGCUAUGCCAUGCUGAGCAGUGCUGUGCCGAGCCAAACCAAUGCAGCUAGGGGUGUGCCAAGUGUGAGCGAGUGAGAAGCCAUGUGAGAUGGAGAUUCCCUGUCCUUUAUUUUGCUAUUAAAUUGCCUGGUUUUUAUACUG